UUAAUACAAACAAUUCAACAAAAAGAUAAAUUUAUUAUAAUUUCAAAAUUUAGCUUUAUUUUUGGUUGUUGCCAUCUACUUUUCACUUUCUCAACUUUUUCUUGAUAAUUUAAUUUCAUAUAAAUUCCUUUUUCUUGUGAAACGAAGUUAUUCGAUUCUUAUCACAAAUCAAAUUAAGUAAAAAUGAUAGGAAUGUUUAAAUACUUUGUUUAUUCGAAAAGUUAAAGUUCAAAACAACUCGAAAAACGACCUCAUUCGUAAAAAUGACCGCGAUUGAGUUGAGUAUAAACGAAGUUAACGAAUUACCAAGUGAUCAAUUUAUAAAGAUUUUCGGGAAUAUCGUUGAACAUUACACUCCUUUGUCUAUAAGCAUUUUAAAAUAUCGACCUUUUAACACCGCCGAAGACAUUUCAAAAGCAGCUGACACGUAUUUGGAUCAAUUAAGUAAUGUUGAUAAAGAAAAAGUUUUAAAUCUCCACCCGGAUUUAUCUGGUAAAUUAAAUUUGCGUUUAACCUCAGAGUCUCAAUUUGAACAAAACUCAGCGGGUUUAUUAGAAAUGAAUCAAGAGGAGAAAACAAAAUUAAACAAUUUUAAUGAAAAGUAUAAAAAUAAAUUUGGAUUUCCUUUUGUAUUGUGUGCACGUGAAAAUACAGUUUCAACAAUUUUUAUAAACAUAGAAAAACGAUUAGAAAACAAUAAAGAAAUUGAACUUUUAACAGGAAUAGAGGAAGUGAAAAAAAUAUGCAAACUAAGAAUAAAUGAAAUUAUAAUAUAAAAAAAAUUU